AUGAUGUUGAUUUUGAUUUUGUAUAGACUUAAGACAAUAAAAUAACAAUUAAAACAUUUAAAAUACUAAAAAUAGCAGAAAAUGUCAUCAUAAAAUAAUUGCAUUUUCACACUCCUAAUUAUAUAAAAAUGUUAAGUUGAUGUUAUCAUGCAAGACAUCAAGUCAUUUCUUGUAUAAAUUAUUUAAAAAAUAUAAGUUGACCAAGUAUAAUAAACUUGAUUCCACAAAAUGGUCAAAGUUGGAUAGAUAUUCAAAUAAAAUUAUCUAAAAUAUUUGA